AUGACGGCGAUGAACGCCGAGCCCGACCCGGACGCGGAGGACCGCAAGGGCUGCAGCGGCCGCGUGGGCAAGAUGGUCUUCUCGGCGGGCGUGCAGCAGCUCGCGAUGGUCGCGUACGUGCCGGAGGCGCUCGCGGAGAAGGUGUCGGCUGCUGAGUGGCUCGCGCACGUCUGUGGCGCCGUCCAGGGCGAGGUUGUCUCCCCGCCGGCCGCCGCCGAGUCGCCCGACGGCGGCCUCGCCGCGAGCGCCAUCGCUAAGGCCGACGCGGACGCCGGCAAGUUCCCGCUCAAGGACAAGGACACGGCGAUGGCCGCCGCCUUCGCCUUCCUCCGCUCAAAGGGCGCCUUCCCGGAGGACAACGACGACAGCGAGGACGAGAUGGUCUUUGGCGACGACUGCAACCUCGACGACUACGAGUGA